AUGGCAAGACUCAAGGCGGAGAUCACAGCUUUUGAACAAAAGGAAAGUAAAUCUUUGUACGAGGCCUGGGAACGAUUCAAAGGAUCACUUAAGAAGUGUCCUCAACAUGGAAUUGAAGCAUGGGAGAAGGCAAGAAUCUUUUUUCAAGGGAUGGCAUCCAACACAAGAACACUGGUGAAUGCUGCUACAGGAGGAUCACUGAAAACAAAAACUCCAGAAGAAGCGCUAGAGUUGUUGGAAUCUUUAGCGUCUCAAGAAUUUGACAAUGCCCCUGCCCCAGUUGCACCAAGAAGAGGAGGAAUUAUGAAGCUCGAAGAAGCUCAUGCAACUGAAGAUUGUGACUACAUGAGAACAACUGAAAAGCCACUAGCAGAGGUCAAUACACUCUGGUAUGAUCAGAAGAAUCAGAAUCAACAUCCAGGGUUGAGUCACAAAUCCAAUCAUCAGCUCAAUCCUCCCCUUCCAGUGCAACCAGAUACCCCACAACAAAGUGCAAAUGCUUUCAGAGAGGACACAUAUGCUUUCAUGCAAGAGACUAGAUCAACACACCAGAAUCAAGAAGCUUCCAUAAGAAAUCUGGAAAUUCAGAUUGGCCAGUUGUCGAAGCAAUUUUCUGAGAGAGCUCCGGGUACUUUUCCAAGCAACACAGUUGUCAAUCCAAGGGAGCAUUGCAAUGCUAUCACCACUAGGAGUGGUACAGUGAUUCAACAUAUAGAGGAGCAGCCCGAAGAAAAGAAGAAGGAUGGAGAAGAAACAGAUGAAGAAAAGAAGGAAGAAAAGCAAAAUGAUACAAUUGAAGUUGACAAAAGCAUUCCUGAAAAAGCCAAAAAGAAACUAUUCAAGUGGGAGAAGAAGAAAGCUAUAGAAAGACAGAACAAGCCAUUGGAUCUCUCCCCAUAUGCUCGAAUUCCUUAUCCUCAGAGAUUAAAGAAAGAGAUUCAGAAGCAGCAGUUCAUGAAGGAUCUAUUAUCAAGGAAGCGUAAGUUGCAAGAAUGUGAGACGGUGAUUCUGACGAAGGAAUGUAAUGUUAUCAUCCAAAAGAAGUUACCUACCAAAGUCAAGGAUCCAGGGAGCUUCAGCAUUCCAUGCACUAUAGGCAAAAUGGAAGUGGACAAUGUUUUAUGUGAUCUUGGAGCUAGCAUCAAUGUCAUGCCACUCUACAUAAUGAAGAAGCUGGGGAUUACUGAAGUGAAGCCCACUAAGACGACAGUGCAACUGGCUGACCGCUCUUCAAAGCAAGCUUAUGGCAUCAUUGAAGACAUAUUGGUUAAGGUAGACAAAUUCAUCAUUCCUGUCGAUUUUGUCAUCCUUGAUAUAGAGGAAGAUGUCGCAAUUCCAAUGAUCUUCGGAAGACCCUUCUUGGCAACUUCUGGAGCGCUGAUUGAUGUACUUAAAGGUGAGCUAAUCAUACGGGUAGACAGAGAGCAAGAAACUUUCAAAUUCUUUGACAAAGAAGUCCCCUCAUCCGUAGCUCAACCAGAAGAUCAAGUGAAGAAAAGGGAACAAACAACAAGAGAAAGCAACUAG